UGAUUUAGGGUUUUCUGCGUUCAUAAUAUAAAUAUCAGCCAUUGAAUUGAUCUACGCCUCUUUUACUCUCACACACCAAGUGAUACUCUUUCACUCUUUGCACUUCAAUUCGAAGCCUCCCAAAUCUUACCAAUGGCUGUUACCUUCUCAGAUCUGCACACAGAGUCUGGUCUCAAAACCCUAGAGGAGUUCCUCUCUGGGAAGACCUAUGUUUCUGGGGAUCAAUUGACAAAAGAUGAUAUCAAAGUGUAUGGUUUUGUUUCGGAGAAGCCAGGUAGCUCUUUUCCCAGUGCUGCCAAGUGGUACGAUGUUGUCUCUUCCCAUCUUGCCGCAAGUUUUCCUGGCAAAGCUCAAGGUGUGAAAUUUGCUGGCCAAGGUGCUCCAGCUGAAGCUGCACCUGCCAAAGCGGCGGCGGCUGCUGCUGCUGAUGACGACGAUCUUGAUCUCUUCGGUGAUGAGACAGAGGAGGAUAAGAAGGCAGCUGAGGAAAGGGAGGCUGCAAAGAAGACCACAAAGAAGAAAGAAAGUGGAAAGUCAUCCGUUUUGCUUGAUGUUAAGCCUUGGGAUGACGAAACAGACAUGAAGAAGCUGGAAGAGGCUGUUCGAAGCAUUCAGAUGGAGGGUCUACUCUGGGGAGCAUCCAAACUGGUUCCCGUUGGAUACGGCAUCAAGAAGCUACAGAUCAUGAUGACGAUUGUUGAUGACCUUGUGUCUGUCGACUCCCUCAUCGAGGAGCAUCUCACUGUCGAGCCAUGCAACGAGUAUAUCCAGAGCUGCGACAUUGUUGCAUUCAACAAAAUUUAAGUCAUCUUGCCAUUUUCAAGCGGCCGAUUAGUUUGUUUUUCGUUGAUACCCCUUCCCCCCUCACUUUUUCAUCUUUUAGUAUGUUUGAUCUAUUUCAGUGAUGGUUUUGUUACUAGAAUUGUUGGAAUUGAAAGAGAGAUAUAUAUUUAAGUAUCUGCUAUUUGGUGCAA